AUGGCGGCGAGGGUCGUGCGAGCGGCGGAGGGAGGACGGGCGGCCAGGAGUGCCCCGAAGCGGCCAGAGAGGCCCCCGAGAAGCGCCCGAGGCGUCGGUGAAGAAGAGCCGCUCGUGUGGCUUCGCCUGGGAAACUUGGGCACACCAGGAAACCUCGACUCUGCGGCACUCAGCGGCAACUUAGCGGCGCCUCGUCGACCCGUGGCGGCACGUGGCGGCGACUCGAGGCACCGCAACGGCGCGCGCGCGCAUGGUCGCCGCGAUCGACCGAUAUCCGGGGAUGUGCGCGCCGGGAGCAAGAGGGGGACGAUGGCGAUGAUAUUUA